AUGGACCGGUACACGGGCGUCCGGGACCAGAGGCUCAUUCGCUAUCAUAUCGCCAACAUCCCCUACACGGUGCAAGAUCUCCCCGACGAACUCAACACAGAACUGCCCGGGAAUCCUCGCCUGUACAUCACCAAAGUUCCCUCAGGCAACGCUCCUAUCACAGGCUGGGAACAUCAGAAGUAUUAUGUGAACAACGCCAUGGUCACGUCAGCUAAUCACUUGGCCCACGCGGAUGAUGGAGUCACGCAGCAGUACCUGCACAUCAUUGACCAGGUGAUCGAACCGACGGUGACGCACGUGCAGCCCAACGCGUCCCUGGCCACGUACCUGAACCCCGACGCCCAACGACUGCUUCAGAAGCCCAGAGUUUAUGGCAUAGUCGACAGAUAUUCAAUUUCGGAAUUCGACAAGCGCGUGCGGGAGCUGGCCGUGGAGGACGUGUUCGCCAUGAAGGGGAAAAAUACGUUCUUUAUCCCCGUCGACUCGGCGCUGAAUCCCAACGCCUCCCACAAGGACAUGAUCGACAAGCAAGUCGUCCACGGCCAUGUGGUCCCCAACCGCGUGCUGUUUACGAGGACGGUGACCAGCUCGGCCAACCAGUACGAGAGCUUAGCCUUCACCGAUAACCUCAAGGUCUUCAUUACGAUGGAAAACGUGACGGUCGGAGAGGGAGAGGAGAUGGCGUAUUACGUCAAGAGCAACACCAUAGCCAGCGACGUAUCGCAUAAGAAGGGGACGGUCCUAGCCAGAAUAAUCAAGGGGAACGUGCCAGUCAGGAACGGCGUUGUUCACUUCAUCGACCGCUCGCUGAUGGUCGUCACGUCGAGCAUCAUGCUGUAUCUGCAGGAGAAGGACGGCCAACUUAGCAAGUUUUACCAGCUCAUGAAGGAACACUACCCUGAACUCACAUACAAGCUCGUUUCCCAGGACGAACACACCCUCUUCGCUCCCUCUAACGAGGCUUUUAACAUGGUGAACACGAAGAGACUGAACGAGGUAAUCCUGAACAGCGAGCGACUGGCCCGGCUUCUCAAGCUACACGUCAUCAAUCGACGACUCACGACUGAUGAGAUCGUAGACCACAGCACGCGGGAGGUGGAAACCCUGUCCUACCGACGCAAGCUCUACUUCGCCGUGAACCAGCCAUCACCAGAACCACACUUUCCUCCCUUUUCCUCCUCUUCUUCUUCCUCUUCUUCCUCCUCCUCCUCUUCCUCUUUAUCUUCUUCUUCCUUAAUGCCCGUCGUCACGUUGGAAGGCGCCGGAGUCAACGCCACCAUCACCACCGCCAACAUCGCCACCAAGAACGGAGUCAUUCACAUUAUCGACCGCAUUUUGGGUAUCCCGUCGCAGACCGUCUACGAGAAAAUGGGAUCCGACCCUAUGCUCAGUUCAUCCUUCUCCCUGAGUGAACAAAAGGAGUGGAACAAACGCCUUCUGGACAGAGACGAGAAAUUCACUCUGUUUGUACCAAGCAACAAAGCCUGGGACUAUAUCAAGAGGACUAUUCCGUCUGCACACAAGAAGUUGUUCAUGGGAGAGUUUUCGUACCACGUGAGGUACGUGUUGGAACGCCACAUGAUCGUCGGGGAAGCCUUCAGCCUGGAGCAACUGGCGGCCCUCACCACCAACUCCACCAUAAGGAACGGAUACCAGUACGAGAGGCUGCAGAUGAUGAGGGGGAAGAUCUAUUUCCAGGCGAAGGUGAAGCAGAGCUAUGGAGAGGUUGGGAAUCUCACUGAAUUGGAGGCAGAGUUACCAAUGCCAGAAUACUACGUGGAAUGGAACGGCAUCCGCGCCAAGGUCAUCCGUCCGGACGUGGAGUGCGUGAACGGCAUCGUGCACGUGAUCGACGGCGUGCUCAUGGUCAACAGAGACGUCACUGUGUCGGGGUCGAACGCGGUGACCUCGGCUAGCUGGGUCAUCGUGCUGGCGCUGGUUCUCGCGGCUGCCUGGGGGAGGGACUAAGGGGGAGACGGGGAGGAAGAGGAAGUGGAGAGGAGGAAGAUAAAGAGGGGAGUAAGGGAGAGAGACGAGGAGGAGGAAGAGGAAGUGGAGAGGAGGAAGAUAAAGAGGGGAGUAAGAGAGAGACGAGGAGGAAGAGGAAGUGGAGAGGAGGAAGAUAAAGAGGGGAGUAAGAGAGAGACCAGGAGGAAGAGGAAGUGGAGAGGAGGAAGAUAAAGAGGGGAGUAAGAGAGAGACCAGGAGGAAGAGGAAGUGGAGAGGAGGAAGAUAAAGAGGGGAGUAAGAGAGGGACGAGGAGGAAGAGGAAGUGGAGAGGAGGAAGCUGGAAAAAGAUAGAGGAGGAAGAAAGGAGGAAGAAAGAGAUAGGAGGAAGAAAGAUAGGAGUAAGGGAGAGAGACAAGGAGGAUAAAGAGGAAGUGGAGAGGAGGAAAAGAGAGAGACAAGGAUAAAGAUUGGAGUAAGGGAGAGAGACGAGGAUAAAGAGGGGAGAAAGGCAAGAGAGGAAGAAGAGAGAGAAGAAGAUAAAGAGAAGAAGAAAAGAGCCAAGACGAUAAGAAGAGGGAAGAAGAGAGACAAGAUGAUAAAGGAGGGAAGAGAGAAGAAGAAAGAUGAAGGAGGAAUGAGGUGAAGAAA